AUGAAAGCCUUCGUAGCGUGCAUAGCCCUGGCAUUGGUGGCGUGUAGCAACGCCGAAGCCCCCUCCGGCUACAACUACAACCGACCAUCAGGGGGUGGCAGCUUCCACGGUGGAUCGUCCGGACUCAGCGGAGGCGGCAGCUACCGUGCCGUUUCCUCAGGCUACCAGACUUCCGAGGGCCAGAACGUGGACGCCGCACUCCUCGAACAGAUCCGUCAAAUCCUCCUCAAGGAAGAAGCUUCUUCCGGCUCCAACUUCGGUAGCAGCGCCCCCUCCUCCUCCUACGGCGUUCCCUCCUCCUCCUACGGCGUCCCAUCCUCUUCCUACGGAGUUCCACACGGCGGUGGUCGCGUUGUCGGCAUCAACCUUGAAGGAGUUCGUCAAGCUAUCCAGGUUGCCCAGUACGAGCAGACCGCGUCCGGUGGUGGCUACCCAUCUGGCCCAUCCAGCUCCUACGGCACUCCGUCUGGAAGCUACGGUGCCCCCUACUAA